GAUGAGAAACCCCCACUUCCUUCUCGUAUGCUUCCCUUCCCAAGGAUACAUAAACCCUUCCCUCCAACUCGCCAAGCGACUCAUACACCUUAACAUUGAUGUCACCUUCGCCACCACCAUCGCCGCCGCCCGCCGCAUGAACAACGCCCAACAAACCCCAACAACAAAGGGCUUGUCUUUCGCGACGUUCUCCGACGGCUUCGACGACGACAAUCUCAAACUCAGCGCCAACAUCACCCACUUCUUCUCUGAACUCAAACGCUGCGGCUCUCAAUCUCUCACCAACCUCAUCACCUCCGCAGCCAACAAAGGCCGCCCCUUCACUUUCCUAAUCUACGGCCUCUUACUCAAUUGGGCAGCCGACAUCGCCACUUCCUUCAAUAUACCCUCAGCCCUUUUCUUCGCUCAGCCUGCAACCGUCUUAGCUUUGUACUUCCAUUACUUCCAUGGCUAUGAAGAACCCAUUUGCAACAAACUCCAAACCCCAUCUUCAUGCAUAGAAUUACCAAACUUGCCAUUGUUUACAACUCGUGAUAUGCCAUCUUUCUUCUCCCCAUGUGGGCCCCAUGCGUUUAUAAUUCCUCCAAUGAGAGAGCAACUCGAAUUCCUCGGUGGACAAACUCGGUCAAAAGUCUUAGUCAACACAUUUGACACGUUGGAAACUGAUGCCUUGCGAGCCAUUGAUGAGUUGAAAAUGAUUGCAAUCGGACCCUUGAUUCCUUCUAGUCAUGAUGAUGGUGGCAAUCUUUUCCACGUGUCGAGUGAGGAUUAUAUCGGAUGGUUGAGCUCCAAGGCGGAGCGCUCGGUUGUUUAUGUAUCAUUUGGGUCGAUUUGUGAGUUGUGUGAGGAGCAAGAGGAGGAGGUUUUGAAUGGUUUGUUGGAGAGUGGACGGCCAUUCAUGUGGGUUGUGAGAUCCAAUUACGAUGAGGAGAAGUUCAAGAAGGUGGGAAUGAAAGGGAAAAUUGUGUCGUGGUGCCGUCAAAUUGAAGUGUUGAAGCAUCCGUCGGUGGGUUGUUUUGUGAGUCAUUGCGGGUGGAAUUCGACGAUUGAAAGCUUGAGUCUUGGGGUGGCGGUGGUUGGGUUUCCGCAGCAGAUAGAUCAGAUGACGAAUGCGAAGCUUGUGGAAGAUUUGUGGAAGACGGGAGUGAGAGUGAAGGGUAAUUCAGAAGGGGUUGUUGAGAGGGGAGAGAUUAGGCGAUGUUUGGAUUUGGUGAUGGGGAAUGAAGAGAUUGAGAGGAAUGUCAAAGUGUGGAAGCAAUUGGGUAGGCAAGCUGUGGAAGAAGGUGGAUCCUCAACUUUGAAUCUUCAGGCUUUUGUGUCUCAGAUUGAUGGUGGUGGUACAGAUUGAGAGAGAUCUUAAAACUAUCUAUGUUGUUGUUUAUGUAUUUGUUUUAUUUUCUUGCUAUCACUAAAUGAAUGAUUAUUAUAUAUGGAGGGUUUUUCUUAUUCA